GGGAGGGCCAGAUUCUGAGCAAAGAUCUAUUUCACUUCACAGUAACCACCCCCUGGCCUCUCUGCCAAUCAAAAGUGAUGCUGUUCUGUGGACCUUCCCCUCCUGCCAUGAUAAAAAGGCUGGAUGCUGAAGCAGAUUAAACCCAUUAGGAGCUGCCGCAGAAGCCCAAGAACAAAACUAGCAUCAUGAAGAACCCAAUGUAUGAAGCAGUGUCUUUACUCCUGGAGAAGUUUUUCCUGCUUGCUAACUUCAAACUUCUCAGUACAGGCUCCAGUGCAGAGGAGGAAGAAAAGAAAAAACAUACCACUUGUUAUGAUACUUCUUGCUUCAAGCCAGGGGACUUGCUGGAGGUGCCCCGCACCCUUUUCAUCCACUUUGGCAUUUACCUGGGUGACAACAUGGUGGCCCACCUCAUGCCAGACAUUCUGCCAGCUUUUACCAAUGACCACAGGCAGAUCCAGAAGGUGGUGACCAAUAAGAGGCUUAUUUUGGGUGUCAUUGCUAAAACAGCAAGGAUCCGUGUGGACACUGUGGAUGACUUUGCCUAUGGUGGCUGUAUCCUAGUGAACUGCAUGGAUGUACACUUCAAGAAUAAUGUGCUGUGUGGUGAGGAGGUGGUCUGCAGAGCCAAGAAGCUGGUGGGUGCGACAGAAUACAGCUUGCUUUGGAACAAUUGCGAGCAUUUUGUGACCCACUGCCGAUAUGGCUCUGGGGUCAGCUUCCAGACAGACAAGUUCUGUGAAAUAGUGAAGAUGAUCAUUCGAGACCAGAGGAGUGUUCUAGCUUCAGUGCUGCUGGGACUUGCUUCUAUAUUUUACCUGGGCCUGGCACCUGCCACUACUCUCCCCACCAUCAUUAUUCCAUUCACUUUGUGGAUGGUUGGUUAACUCCCUCCUCUCCUUUGAUGGCAGAUGUAUGUAGAAGAAAAUAACAUAUUUAUGGAAGCUCAAAACUGCUACUCAGUAUUGUAUACAGAGGAAAAAUUCAACAUAAUUUUGUACUGAUAUAAAUACACCAUUGUCCAGAACACUGAACAAAGAAUAGCUUACUAUGUAAGCCAAAUGACUGGAUUUCCUGAAAUCUUUCUGGAAGGCAUCUUUGAAAGGACUAACUCUGAAGAAAGCAUUGCUACAAGCCGCAAGCCUAAGCUUGGACAUAGCAGUCUCGUUGGUAUUAACUAGAACUUAUUUCCAAGUAUUAGAAGAGGUUUCUGUGGACAUAUGCAAAAGAGGAUGGAUGAAAAAGAAUAGUGGCUGAAGCCAACAUGCUACUUCUAUGGCAGUUUCUCUUCUAGCUGUUUCUGAACCAACUCCAGUGUUAUUGCUGGGGAUAAAGUCAACCAAGAUGUGGUUUUAUUUUUGCUUGUUUAACCAUUCCUAGCUGCCUCCCAUCUGCUGUUUUCCAUUCCCAUAAAGCAGGAAGUUAAAUGUAAUAAGCGCUUAUUCCUUUUCAUCACACACCCUUCUCUCUCUCUCAUGCCUUCCUUACUGCCUGGGUUUAGGUGCAGCAAAAUCUGCAGUUGCUCAGGGUUGUCCUUGCUGUUAAAUGACAAUGAAUCCAAUACAAACCACAUUGGCAGCCUUUAGAAGCCUCAAGAUUAAGCCAUUUGGAUGGCAUAAGUGGCGAAGGCACAAACUAGUAAGUGUGCUAGUGAAGAUCUUUGUUUCUCUUGGUGGGACCAGGCAGUAUGGAAAACAUAAAGCCUAAAGACAAUCAACACAGUGGUUGAUUACUAUAGUGGACUAGGCAUACUUUGUUGCACAGUGAAAGCAAUCCACCUCAGGGGUGGAGGUCAGGGUACCACUAAAGGGCAGCAAACUACCCAUCACUCAUGGAGUUACCCAUUCCAGUCUAAACCAGUUAAUUUCAAUUGGCUUGUUCUGGAAUAACCACACAGGAAUUUAUGGUAAAUUCUUGAAUUUUGAUGGGGUGAGAAUUUCUGUCUGAGACACAAAACUGUUUUAUGAUGUCUUGUGUGUCUCUUGGAAUUACAAAAUCAAUCAAAAUUCUGUGCCUAUCUCUAAAAUACAGAUGUGUUUUUGACUGUGUGAAUCUGAUUAAUUUCUACAAUGCCUUUUGGCCAGUUUAGCAUAUUGAUUACUUGCAUACUUGCAUGUCACAUUAUUUGCUUUCUUUUUGUAAUAAAAAAAAUUAAACGUG